GUUAAGCUCGCUGAAGGUAUUCAACAGGUAGUAGCGCGAGGCUCAAGACGUAUACCGCGAGUGGUAGCGGCAAUACCUUCUGUUGGAUUUACAAACAGUACUUCCCAGACAAACAUCGAUCAGGAUGCCAGCUAACGGUCACGUUAAUGAAGGAUAUGAGAAGGAAAAUGGAUACCAUCCCGGAAAAGAUCCAAUUGACAACAAGGUGAUAGAGGUGGAGGAUAAUGAUGAUGUGGAACAAGAGGAAGAUCCCUGGAAGGUGACAACCAUUGAAGUGGAUGAAAAACCGUGGUCUGAGUUGAACUGUGGAGAGCUGGUUUUCCGAUUGGGCAAGUACUUGAUUGGAAUCCUACUCAUCCUCGGUUUCCUCUAUCUGUUCAUCUGUUCCCUGGACUUCCUCAGCUCGGCCUUCAAGCUCCUGGGAGGUAAGGCCGCAGGUCAGGUGUUCCAGAACAAUGAAAUUCUGUCGAAUCCCGUGGCGGGGCUGAUGAUUGGCGUCCUUGUCACUGUCCUGGUGCAAAGCUCCUCCACGUCCACCUCCAUCGUCAUCAGCAUGGUCGGCGCCGACAUUCUGACAAUCCCUAUAGCGAUCCCAAUCAUUAUGGGAGCCAAUAUUGGAACAUCUGUCACCAACACCAUCGUCGCAGUCGGUCAGAUCCACAACAAGGCCGACUUCCGACGUGCCUUCGCCGGCGCCACCGUGCACGACAUGUUCAACUGGCUCACUGUCAUCGUCCUCCUUCCCCUGGAGGUCAUCACCGGCUAUUUAAGCAAGCUGAGCGGUGUCAUUGUGAACUCUAUCCCGGACCUGGCACCAGAUAAAAGCGCAAACCGUGACUUCCUGAAGGUCAUCACGAAGCCUUUCACAACGAUGAUCAUAGAGGUUGACAAAAGCGCCAUUACCAAGAUUGCCACAAAGACACACAAAGGCGAGUCGCUGAUGAAGACGUGCUCUGACAAGGUGUCCCCGGUGUCCUGCUGCGAUUCUACCCUCGACUCCAUGGGCGUAUACAACAAUGCUUCCUACACCUACGAAAAGCAGAUCCAGGUCUGCAGUGCCCUCAACACCUGCGCCCACAAACACACCUGCGUUGACGACUUGUGGAAGGGCGACACAUUCAGCUGCAGCAACUUCGCCCUGGACACUGCAUGCUGCGACAACUUUAUGAACACAUCCUCUUAUACCAGCAACAUCACAGAUAGUGUGAAGAAGCGCUUCUGUGGCGACCUCGUGGCAUCCUGUCAGAACAAUUACCUUGUUACAAAGGACUGCAUGAGAACAGCGUGGUCAAACAGCACUGUGUUCUCCUGUGACUCGUGGAUCGAAAUCGAGACAAGCUGCAUCAAACCUAAAACUCACCUGUUCAUGGGCCUGUAUGGAAAGAUUGACGACGUCUACAUUGGAGCCAUCCUGCUGGUGAUAUCGCUUGCUGUGUUGUGCAUCUGUCUAGUAUGUAUUGUCAAGCUCCUCAACGCCCUUCUCAAGGGCCAGAUUGCAUUGGUUAUCAAAAAGUUCAUCAACGCUGAUUUUCCAGGCAAAUGUUCUUACUUCACCGGAUAUCUUGCCAUAUUGCUGGGAGCUGGACUGACAAUUCUUGUCCAGAGCAGCUCCAUCUUCACCUCCACGCUAACACCCCUCGUAGGAAUCGGAGUCAUUGAACUUGACCGUAUGUACCCUCUCACCCUUGGUUCCAACAUUGGAACCACGACCACCGGUAUUCUCUCAGCUCUUGCUCAAGACGGUUCCAAAAUCAAAGACUCUCUCCAGGUGGCCUUAUGCCAUCUCUUCUUCAAUAUCAGUGGAAUCCUGAUAUUCUACCCUUUUCCAUUCUUCCGCCCGGCAAUUCCACUGGCCAAAUUUUUGGGCACAGUCACUUCCAAGUACCGUUGGUUUGCGUUCGCAUACCUGAUCGCAAUGUUUUUCAUCUUACCGGCUGUUGUGUUCGGAUUGUCCAUCCCUGGUUGGUAUGUUCUUGCCGCCGUGCUCAUCCCCAUCGCUAUCAUCGUCAUCAUCAUCUGCAUCGUAAAACUGAUACAGAAGAAGAGACCUCUUUGGCUUCCAACGAAGUUUCGCACCUGGAAGUGGCUCCCGGAACCCAUGCGCUCCCUCCGACCUUAUGACAACGUCAUGAAGCGCGUGUGCUGCCCCUGUCUAAUGUCUGAUGAGGCAAAGGAAGAAGAUGAAGAUUAUGAGGGUGAUGAUCCAAAGAAGCCCAAGUCCACUGGGACAGCCGUGGCUACACAACUACGAGAGAGACGCCAAGACACACGACUUUAACUUUCCCAGAAUCAGUGUACAUAAAGAUGUUAACGUUUUGACAGUUCUUUUUCUAAUUAUCGGGGACUUCAUGGGUAUGGAAUCAUAAGUACCCACUUCAAGAGAGUAACAUGUGCAGUAUUGUACACCACAGUACAUCCUUAUACACCAUGGUACAUAUUAUUACAUCAAGAUAUGUCGUGACACAUGAUGGUAUAUCUUGCUACAUCACCGUGUUAUCCAAUAGAGCAUAAUAUUACAUCCUGGUACAUGAUACUACACUACGGUACAUUGUGGUGUAUCGUACAUCACUACAGGAGUAUCCGUCAGAUACCUUUUAUCUUACCAGUAGUUGUUAAAAAAACGUAUCUAACGAGCUAAAGCGAGUUACAUACGUAUUGAAAGAACUAGUUGAAAGAUAAAUGGUAUCUAACAGGCACGAGUGCAGUAAUGUGUUUCUUACACACACUAAAAUCGCACCAUUUUGUUCUUUUAUCAUGAUCGCAGUGGCGCGUUAAUACAUAACACAUGCUUACUACUCACACCCAGUCGGACCAUCCGCAAGAAAGUUUCAGCCAUGUCUGUGGGACCAGAAUCUUAUCAAUGAAUUACAAUCAGGAAAGUAGUCUCACCCUAGGUCAUCACCAUGGAGUAUUCAAUCACGGAUAUGGAAUUCAAUCUCACACAUAUGUUUGAUAUCAGUUAUCUCAAAUGGGUUUCUCACCCAGAGAUGUGUCAGAAAGAAUGUUCCAUGUACAUGUUGGUAGGCCACUGCAAGUUACACCCAUCAUGACAGUGACGUAAGUUUUGAGCUGAGUGUUUACCACUCAUGCACGAUGACAUAACUAUUGGUAUUAUACUUUGGGCCUUUAGAAUUCUUUCUAAAUUAUGUUAGCAACCAUCGGGUGUUGCUUGUGAAUACGAGCUUAGCAGUUCAGUCAAUAUGCUGUGUAUACAUUCAAAGAUUCUUUCUAGUACAGUGUCAAGGCAGGACAAUUCAUACUCCUCUUUGACAUACAUUCUGAUCAACGAUAAUGCAUCAGGUGCUUUACCAUUAUUCAUAUUUUACAAAAUAUUUCACUAUUUCCGCAUCAAAGUGUUCAUGGUCUGUGAUUAAAAGAAUGUUGAAGUCGUUUCUAACGAAUGUACAUACAUCAUUAUCACAUAUAUUGAAUCGUCAUACAAUACCUUAUUUGUCAUGUGUAAUAUGUGUAAUAUAUUUUUUAGCUGUAUGUUAUGUUAUAUUUUACAUUAAAUAUUUUGACAAACGGA